GCCGAGCAGCCACCGCUUGUCCCUAGUCCCCCUACCCCGUCACACGGGGAAAAGGAGUGGUCUCCGUUUGCCGCGUGCCCACCUCAGCAGCAUUGGGCAUGGGCAUGGGCACGGCACUCCGGCCGGCCAUGGCCGCCGCUGCCCCCAACACAGCCCACCGGCCGCGGCCGCUGCCUGCCGCGAAUCGCAGCACCAGUCGCCCAACCGCCUCCACGCCGCCCGUGAGAACGCUGGUCUGCUCCGCUCCCCCGCAGUCGAGGCCGCCGCGGCGCGCCGUCACGACCACGGCCCGGGCAGCGGGGGCCGGGGCGCCGUCGUCCGCCUCGCCGGACGCCGUCACCUACUCCUCCAGCAUCGACACCGACAUGCCCCUCUACGAGCCCCCGGGGGUGUCGUUCGACGAGUACCUCCAGGACCGCCCCCGCGUGUUCCGCGCCAUGUUCCCCGACGAGAGCCGGAGCCAGCAGCUCAGCGAUGAGGAGUGGAGGAUCCAGAUGCUGCCGCUGGAGUUCCUCCUCAUCACCGUGCGCCCCGUCGUCGUGAUGCAGCUGCGCAACCGCGGCGCCGGCGGGCUCGACCUACGAAUCACCGAGUGGGAGCUGAGGGGGCUGGACAGCGGCUACACGCCGGCGAGCUUCGACCUGGGCGUGCGGGGGUCGCUGUACGCGGACAGGGGCCAGCGGCGCGGCAGCCGGCUGAGGGGCCACCUCGAGAUCUCCAUCACCGUCGCCCUCCCGCCGCCCCUGCGGAUCGUGCCGGAGGCCGUCCUCCGGGGCGUCGCCGAGUCGGUCCUGUCGACGCUUGCCGAGAGGAUGAAGCGGGACGUGGACGUCGGCCUCGUCGCCGACUUCCGGAGGUUCCGGCUGGAGAAGGCGGCGUCCAAAGCGGCGGGAGCGGCGGUGGCGAGAGCAGACAGAAAAGCGUGAAAGGCUUGAGUUUUCUUCCUUCUGACCGUAGUUGGGGAUUCGUUCCAAGGAUUGUUUUUACAAGAUCCUGUGAUGUUGCGUGCGAUACAUACAUAUGCAUUCCCGUGUAUAGAGAAUUUGAUUCGAAAUACCUGUAGACCCUUUUUCUGGUAUCAAAAAACCUUGAAACCAAAGUUCACGAUAUUCCCGCAAAAAAAAAAAAA